AUGAUGCAAUUUGCUAGAGUGUUAGUGGAGAUAGAAAUUUCUGAGGAUCUCCCUAAAACUGUUCAGUUUCUCAAUGAGAAAGGGAAACUAAUGGAACAACUUUUGGAGUUUGAGUGGCUUCCAACACAAUGUAGAGGUUGCAAAGUGUAUGGUCAUACUGAAAGAAUGUGUAAUAGGAAGCAAACUGAGACUUGGAGGCAGAGAGGCCGAAAUGGAGAAGUUGAGGCUAAGCAAAGUACUAUGGAACAUGUGCCAUUUUUAGAGGAUAAGGGUGUUACUAGUGGGGCAAUUGAUGCUAAUACACAAAGUACAGCUGCUAUGGAUUUGUCUGAAUCCCAGGAGAUAUCACAGCAUCAGGGUCAGUUAACAAAUGCAUCGAAACAAGUAGAUGAACUAGCUAGGAACUCCAAAGACAGAUCUACUUCAGAAUGGACUACCCCAAAACGGGUAGGGCAACAACAAGUUUAUUUCACGGAGAGUCACAACAUUCUUAGCUGGAAUGUUAGAGGUAUUAAUAAAAGGGAGAAACAGAUUUCUCUGAGUACAUUUUGUUUUGUGAAUAAAAUUGGUCUUGGAGCCCUGUUGGAGACUAAACUUCGUGGUGAUAAAGUUGGGAAAAUGAUGAGCUCAUUUUUCAUUGGUUGGAACUAUUACUCAGGUUCAGCUUCAGAAGGUCGUAUUCUUCUUAUUUGGCAGCAUCAUGUGGUUUCUGUUGACGUUUUGAAGGAGAGUGACCAGUAUGUUCAUGUCUGUGUUAAAGAGGUGAAGUCUAAUAAGCUGUUUUGUGUUACUUUUGUGUAUGGUAGAAAUUCAAUUGAGGGAAGAUUACCUCUUUGGGUUGAUCUUGCUGAGUUGAGUUUCCCAGCCAUUCCAUGGCUUGUGGCUGGGGACUUUAAUGUUGUUUUUGAGGGUACUGAUAGAGUUGGUGGCCGCACCAUUACUGCCCUUGAAAUGGAGGACGCUCAAAAGUGGAGGGCCUUGGGUUUAGUUGAUGAGUUGCGCUCUAAAGGGUCUCAUUACACUUGGACAAACAAGCAAGCGAAUGAGGAUAUAAUUUACACUAAACUGGACAGAAUAUUUAAAAAUGAAGAGUGGUUGGAUUUGUUCCCUCAAGCUGAAGCUGUUUUCAACUGGGAAAUGCUCUCUGAUCACUGUUAUUGCAUUAUCAAACCGGGAGCUACUGUAAACUGUGGCAUUAAGCCGUUUAGAUUCUUUAAUAUGUGGACUGAUCACGGUAGCUUUAAAGACACUGUCAUGCAGAGCUGGAGCAAGCCUAGUAAAGGAGUUGGGCUAGAUCGAAUUGUUAGAAAAUUGAGUACACUUAAGAAAAGCAAAGUUGACUGGUUUCGUUAUGGGGAUGAUGACACGGUGUAUUUUCAUGCUUGUUUAAAACAAAGAAGAGCUUAUAAUUGUAUCACCUCAGUUGUUACUGAAUCAGGUCAGCUAAUUGAGAAGUUUGAUGAUGUUGUGGCUCACUUUGUGACUCAUUUUCAGAAAAUCAUGGGAAGCAAAAGUAGUGCUUCGGUUCCUAUUCAGCAUUCCUGUUUCAGUCUUGGUCACAGACUGACUUUGGACCAGUAG